UUCUCUCUCGCUACUGGUUCCUCUAUCUCUUUGCUUUGGCGCAUUCUCUCGUUCUCCAAAUCAAAUUUCUACUCCUCGAUUUCUCUAUCGAGAUUCGUUAAUGCGUCCUGUUUCGAUCGCUGCAUCGAGUUUCUUGUUUAUCUGCACUUUGCUGCUCGACGCCGACGCCGAAAUUUUUAUAUGAAAUGGUAGAAUUUUCUACAUUGGAAUGAUAUAAUGGUCUGGAUAGAAUUCUUUGGAACAAGUCAUUGCCGAGUAGGAAUUGGGAUAUUAUGCAUUUUCCCCUCCAUGUCAAGGAGUUAUGGAAGGUGAUAAGACCAUCUCAACACCUUCAGACAAACCUGAGAUUCGUGAUCAGAGGAUACAUGCUCUCCAUGGGAGAACCAGUGGCCCUACAAGACGUUCAACAAAGGGACAGUGGACACCUGAAGAGGAUGAAAUUUUGCGGCAAGCAGUUGAUCAUUUCAAAGGCAAAAACUGGAAGAAAAUAGCUGGAUGUUUCAAGGAUCGGACUGAUGUACAAUGUCUACAUAGGUGGCAAAAGGUUUUAAACCCCGAGCUUGUCAAAGGUCCAUGGUCUAAAGAGGAGGAUGAAAUUAUCAUUGAACUGGUGAACAAAUAUGGACCAAAAAAGUGGUCUACAUUUGCAACUCAUCUACCUGGACGUAUUGGUAAGCAAUGCCGAGAAAGGUGGCACAAUCACCUCAAUCCUAAAAUAAACAAAGAAGCAUGGACCCAAGAAGAGGAGUUAGCUUUAAUUCGUGCUCAUCAAAUUUAUGGGAACAGAUGGGCAGAGCUAACGAAGUUCUUACCUGGAAGGACAGACAAUGCCAUAAAAAACCACUGGAACAGUUCUGUCAAAAAGAAAUUGGAUUCUUACGUGGCCUCAGGCUUGCUCACACAAUUUCAAGAUCCAAUACCCGCUGGACAACCAAGCCAACUCCCAGUUUCAUCUUCGAAAGUGCUUGGUAGUGGAAAUGACAGUGGCUUAAAUGGAAUGGAUACAGAGGAGAUUUCAAUGUGCAGUCAAGAUCCAUCGGUUGCUGAUAGCUUUAUGAGUGAUUCAGCAUGUGCAACUCUGCACAAGAGAGAGGAAUUUCAGUUAGCUGAGGAUUUGGAGUUGGGAAAGGAGCAAAGUAUCAGCCCAGUAUCCAGUUCUCAACCCUAUUACCCUCCUACGGAAGUAAUUACUUGUCCCAUUGCUGAGUUUGCUCAAGAAGUGGGUCGCUCUUUAUCACCUUCAGAGAAAAAUCUCUCUGAUUGUAGAACAUCUUCAAAUAGGGAGCACCAAUGUGAUUUGAAUGAGUUUCUUUACAUCUCCUCGUUACAAUUGGGUAUAGAAGCAUCGCAGUUUAAGGCAAUUGGCACUAGGAUGGGUGAAAAUCAUGGACCUUCCGGUUCUGCUCAAACUUCUUCAAUGAUAAAAGGAGCUGCGGCCUCUGCCCAAGCAGAGUGCAUGUUUAUAUCUGAUGAUGAGUGUUGCAGGGUCCUAUUCUCAGAUGCAAAAGGUGACAGAUGCGAUCUGACUAGUAAUCUUAAAGAAGGCUCUUCUGUGUCAGAAAUGUGUGAUUACAAAGUUCCAGUUCAUUCCUUUAGCACUCCAAAAGUUGGAAAUAACCAUGCCAUAGCUUCACAAAUACUUAAUCCUCCUCCAGGAACUGAUGUGCAGGAAAAAAAUUCCGUGCACCAGUCGGGCAUGCCGAUUCCAUCCACGGUUUCUAUCAACAAUGACAUGAUUUUAUUAGGUGGUACUGGACCCAACCAACCAUUUGUUGGAGCUCUAGAACACGGAUGUGUAACUAGCCAACAGAAUGCGUUUGCCUAUAAUGGUGGAUCAUCCGAGUCUUCCUAUUUUGAGGUUGCAGAUAACCCAGAAAUGCAAGAACAGCCUGGUGGAGCAGAAGACCUGCCAAAACCAAUGUGUAUAAAUACAUUUGCUACAGCAGCAGAUGUCACUGGUACUUGUUCUCAUUCGGAUGAAAGAGUAAAACAAAAUGACGAACAUCGAGACUCCGGUGCUCUUUGUUAUGAGCCUCCUCGUUUUCCUAGUUUAGAUGUUCCGUUUUUCAGCUGUGAUCUCAUACAAUCUGGAAGUGAAAUGAUGGAGUACAGCCCACUUGGUAUACGCCAGUUGAUGAUGACUUCUCUAAAUUCUGUUACUCCAUUCAGAUUAUGGGAUUCACCAUCUCGUGAUACUAGUCCAGAUGCUGUACUGAAAAGUGCUGCCAAAACUUUCGCCAGUACUCCAUCCAUUUUGAAGAAACGCCACCGUGAUUUAAUGUCUCCUCUUUCUGAAAGAAGAAUUGACAAAAAGCUGUUAACCAAUGUGACAUCUAACUUGACAGAAGAGUUUUCACGUUUGGAUGUUGUGUUCAAUGAUGUGUCUGAUAAAAGGAGUAUUGAAGGUUCUGCUGAAGAUAAAGAAAAUGUUUAUUGUACCUUUGAAAUGAGAGAAGAGAAGAAAGAUGACGGUAACGAAUCUCGAGACGUAACGCUGUCGGAGAAUAAUUUUUCAAAAAGUUCUUCCCAAGACUAUACCAAACAAGCGACUGCUGAUACCGAAAUUGUACCUCCUAGAGUCCUGGCUGAACAUGAUGCGAAUGACCUGCUACUCCACACUGUUGAGCAAAAACCACUCAGUUCAAGUACAAGAAUUAAGAAACAAUACAGUCCAAGCAGAUUAGUAGACGAUGUUUCGAAGGUGUCCAAUGGGAAUUCUCAUGGGCUACCUUGCAGCAGCCCGCCUUCCAUCUGCGGGAGACCUGAAAUUGAUGAAACUCCAUUUAAGAAAAGUAUUGAAUCCCCUUCAGCAUGGAUGUCUCCUUGGUUCUUCAAUUCUUUCCUACCUGGCCCGAGGAUUGAUACGGAAAUAUCGAUCGAGGACAUUGGAUACUUUUCGAGCCCCAAGGGAAGAAGCUUUGAUGGCUUAGAUGCAAUUGGGUUAAUGAAACAAGUAAGCGAGCUAACGGCAGCUGCAUGCGCCAACGCCCAUGAGGUGUUGGGAAAUGAAACUCCAGAGACACUACUCAAGGGAACGCGCAAGAAGCACCCAUCUCCAUAGCGAUGAAACUCUUAUGGCAGGGUGUCGGGUGCUCGACUCCAGCGAAUGCGGCUCUGCGGGGAAAGUAGAGACUGUGUGUGAAAACUACAGCUGCGACCUCCCUUCCUUAUCUUCUCCAAGCCUCCAGAUAGCUGCCACCACCCCAACUCGGC